AUGCUAAGUAUACUUACUGUAGUAUUUUUUACAUUAUCUCAUAUAGUUUUCACUAAAGCAACAUUUCAUUUAAAUAAUGGUCAUUAUGUUUAUUCUCAAACAUUACAAUGUACAAAUAUCAAUAAGACUCGAAUUGAAGAAGGUCAAAAACAUUUAUCACAAAGUCGAGUUAUUAUAUGUGGUUUAAUACGUGAUCGUGAAUCACAUAUCAAACGUUUAAAACAACAAUUAAAUGAAAUAAUUAAAUUCUUUGCAGAUUAUGCUAUUGUUGUUGUUGAAAAUGAUUCAAAAGAUGGUACAAGACGUGAAUUAUUAAAUUGGGCAAAACAUGAUAAACAUAUACAUGUUAUUGGUUGUAAUAAUCAAAUAAAUUCCAUAUCACCAUGUAAUUUAUCAUUAGCUGCAACUAAAAUUAGGUCUAUUCCAAAAACAUUACGUAUUAAAAAAAUGGUUCGACUUAGAAAUAUCUAUAUGGAUUAUAUUGAAAAACAUAGUUUAUUAAAACAAUUUGAUUAUGUUAUUGUUGAAGAUUUUGAUUUAACAACUUAUACAUAUUUAAAUGGUUUAUUUUCAACUGGUUUUUAUUUGAAAUAUGAUUCAACUAUUGAUGCUAUUUGUUCAAAUGGAAUAUUUUAUAAUAAAUUAUUUGGUAAUAUGAUAACAUAUGAAACUUAUUUUGAUCCAUAUGCACAUAAAGAUAAACAAAAUCAAAAUUGGGGUAAGGCAUAUAAUGAUAUAUGGUCAACAUUAUUUCGAAAAUAUUCUUGUAAUCAAGGUCUUAUAAGUGUACAAUCAUGUUUUUCUGGUCGAACUAUUUAUAGAUAUAAAAGUAUUGAAGGAAAACGUUAUCGAACAUAUAUUGAUCAAUAUAAACAAGCUAUUUGUGAACAUGUUGGAUUACAUGAAACAUUAAAAAAUAUUUAUAUUAAUAGUGAAAUGAUUUUUUAUGUUAAGGAAAAUAAUAUUAAAAAAUAG